CUGCAGCUCCUAAAGCGGCAAGCGGCGCAGACAUUGACAGGAGGCUCCAUCUGCGCCAACAUGGCUGACGAGACGGCCAAAGCUCAGGCUGCCAAGCCGGGCGGAGACACAAUAUUUGGGAAAAUCGUACGCAAAGAGAUUCCCGCCACCUUCAUCCAUGAAGAUGAUCUGUGCGUCGCCUUCAAUGAUGUAGCUCCUCAAGCUCCCACUCACAUCCUUGUCGUCCCCAAAAAGCCAAUUGUUCAGCUGUCACAAGCAGAGGAGAGCGAUGCCGCAUUGUUGGGUCACAUGAUGAUCGUUGCAAAGAAGUGUGCCGCGCAGGCGGGCCUGUCUAAAGGUUACAGGAUUGUCGUCAAUGACGGGCCAGACGGAGGCCAGUCUGUGUACCACAUCCACAUCCAUGUCCUGGGUGGCCGCUCGAUGGGGUGGCCCCCCGGCUAACUGCUGUCUCCCAGCUUAGACCAUCCUGCCAUCAGUGUGUCGCAUGUAAUGUCUGACAACCAACAUGUCUGUCAUAUGAAAUACAUAAAUAAAAACAAAACCUAGAAAUUCAUCAGUGACAAUAAAAUGCAUUUCACAA